UCAGCAUCUUUUUGCCUAAAAUGAAUAGCCUUUGCAUUUAAAAUAGAAUGUUCUAAAAGGGGAAUAUAUUCGAAGAAACACUCAGAAUCAAACAGACACACAUGCUUUCACUCAUGCACGCGCAUACCCAAACACACACCAAAAUCCAUCGCUUUGUUUUUCCCAGCUUUAUGGUGGUGGCACUCCUCCAUUAGGAAUUUGGAGUGGUGAGAGGAGGGGCGUUUGUGUAUGUGUGAAGGAGCAGUCGAUCUCCUCCCCUCGUCUCCCCCCGCCCCCCAUGCCUUUGUGUGCACGAGGCUCUCUGUGAGCGGCGGUUCUUCAAGUGCGAUAUCGGUUCGUUUCUGAACGCUGUUUGAGUUUGUGUGGGCUGUUCGAACAUAGCGUGGCUGACUGGGACUGGGGUGAACCGGUAGAAGGCACGUGAAACCACUGAGUUUAUUCACACAUGCGCGAUCAGAAGGGAAAAUAACGGAGAAAUAUUGAAUAUAGGACUUUUCCCUUUCGUUUUACCCAUCUAUCAUUCUCUCGUCCUCUCUAUCCGUGGAGAAUCUGACCAACCCAAACAACCUGAUGUGUGUGUAUAUGUGUUUUAGGGGCGUAAAACAACUGGCAGCGCGUGAAGAUGGAUUAACGUUUGAACGGAAAACUGGAGCAGCACGCUAGACCUCGGCGAGGGGGGAGGGCAAGACGGGCCUCUGCAAACACACACAACCCGCGGGACAGAGACUCUGAUUGGACCAACACCAGGAUGAUGUCGUCACCAAAAGCCAAGACCAAGAAGAAACCUCCCAAAGACAGCAUGACACUUCUACCAUGCUUCUACUUCAUAGAGCUCCCCAUCGUCCUCUCCUCCCUUGUCUCUCUCUACUUCAUGGAGUUGACAGACCUGUUGUCCCCGGCGACCCCUGUGUUCCAUUGCUAUGACCGUGACCUGUCGUUGCCCUACCUGGAGACAGGAGACGAACUGAUCCCUCUGCUGAUGUUACUGAGCCUGGCCUUCGCAGGACCGGCUGCCUCGAUCAUGCUAGGUGAAGGGCUGGUCUAUUGUUACCAGUCCAGAGUCAAACAGAGUAAAGCUGAAGGAUCCAUCAUCGCUGGAGGGUGUAACUUCAACUCCUUCCUACGGAGGACUGUUCGCUUUGUUGGUGUUCAUGUGUUUGGUCUCCUGGCAACAGCCCUAAUGACAGACAUCAUCCAAUUGGCUACUGGUUAUCCCACCCCUUUCUUCCUGACUGUCUGUCAGCCCAAUUACACGCUGCCUGGGAUAUCAUGUGACCAGAACAACUACAUCACACAGGACAUCUGCUCUGGGAAAGAUCUGUAUGCCAUCCUGUCAGCCAGGAAAACAUUUCCGUCCCAGCAUGCAACGCUUUCUGGCUUCGCUGCUGUCUACAUCUCUAUGUAUUUGAACAGUGUGAUCAGCAGUAGUACUAAGCUGGUGAAGCCGGUGCUGGUGUUUGGAUACUGUCUGGCUGCAGGCAUAGCCGGACUGACUCAGAUCACACAACACCGCUGCCAUCCCAGAGAUGUCUAUGUUGGCUACGCCAUAGGAGCUGGCAUAGGAGUCUACCUGGUGAGUUCUCUGUAUGCAGUAGGUAACUUCAGGUCAUCCGAAGAGGACUGCCUCCCCCAGCCUGUCCGGAGGGCUGCGCCUCCCCCACAGCAGCAGAGGGAGGUGGUGGUGAGGGGAAGAGCCCAGAGAGGUCAUGCUUCUCAGCACGGCUCUCUGUACCGCAGCAAGACACCCAGACCAUCAGACAGCAGGGAGGAACUGGGCACUGGACGCUGCAAGGUUCGUAGGGAGAAGGCCAGCGUAGCAUCUCUGAAGAGGGCCAGUGCUGACGUGGAGCUCCUGGCACCCCGCGGCCCCAUGGGAAAGGAAACCAUGGUAACAUUCAGCAAUACCUUACCCCGCGUCGCCAAUGGCAGCAGCAGCACCUCGCCCCCCGGAGACGACUCCUCCAACCAGCGUCACAUGACCUUCCACCUGUCCUUCGACCCCCGCAGGUCACAACCAAGGCUGCGACCACCACUGGUGCAGGAGUGGAGACAGCAGCGCUCUACGGAGAGACGGAGCGAGGAGGAGGGAGAGACGGACACAUCUGGCGGAGGAGAGGGAGGAGCAGGGGGAGGGGGCGAGGCAGGGGAGACAGGGGUGAUGAAUCCUCCCUCCCUCUAUCCGACGGUACAGUCGGCCAAUAGAGCCGUUGCCACAGCUACCCCAGCGCCAGCCCCACUAGUGCAUAUCCCUAAGGAGGGGAUUAGACACCCCCCUACUGUCUCCCCUCUACCUCCUUCUGUCUCCUCUCUACCUCCCCCUGUCUCACCUAAGAGCGCGGUGACACGUGCCAAGUUGAUGUCACUUAACCAGGGAGGGGAACGAGUCAGGGAGGGGCCUAUCCCUGUGACGACUCCGCGUGUGCCCCACCAGCUGCCCAAUCAGCCGCCCAAUCAGCCGCCCAAUCAGCCGCGAGUGGCGCAGGUCAUUGCCAUGUCCAAGCAGCAUGGACCAAUCAGCUCCUCUGCCAAGGGCUCUGACUCCACCUCUUCCUGUGGGGGAGGGUCUUCAACAGGAAGCUCUGAGUCGCCGUACUACCGGGUCCCCUCCGACCGCGACAGCCACACCGGGAGUGUUACCGGGAGCGUUACCGGGAGUAUUGUCACCAUAGACGCUCACGCCCCUCAUCACCCUGUGGUCAGGGUGUCUAGCAGUGUCAGUACCGGGAGUAACGGGACCCUGGGGGCCAGAGUAACAGCUGCCGGUAACGGGACCCCCUGGGAGCGGAGGAACACCACCAGCGGGAGCGUCGGUGAGCAGGGCCAGAGGGGGGCGCUGCAGCGCCAGGAGAAAGUCUCUGCACCGGAAUAUCGGGAAUACCGAACACUUCCUGUGAAAUCAGACUCUAUCUGCUCCUCCUCUCCCAGCCAGACUGAUUCCUCCACCCUGCCUCCCCCUCCUCACCCCAUCUCCUCUCCACUCCCUCCCUUCUCUUCCCCCCCCCUGCCUCCCCCUCCUCAACCCAUCUCCUCCCCCCUCCCUCCCCCUUCUCCCCCCUCCUACUCACCCCUCCCUCCCCCUCCUCCCCACUUCUACUCCCCUCUCCCUCCCCCUCCUCAUCCAGAUCUGCUGUUGGACAGUUACUCCCCCCCCCUCCCCCGCUCUAUGACCCUCCCCCGCCGGCCCACUGUCUCAGCCCACAGCCGCGCUGAUCAAGAAGUCUAUUACAAGACCAUGCAGACGGAGAGGAGAUUAUAACGCGACAUAGAGGAGUUAUAAUAGACAGUAACACUACUAAAAACAGACUACGAGGUCAGAAGAGAAAAUAGGGGACCUUACAGAGCGAGAGGUUAUAAGGCGACAUAGAUAAAUUAAGAUAGACAGUAGUACCUCUACAUAACCAUACAGUCAGGGGACGUUAUUAAAUGUAAAACAUUUUGGGGAGACCUAACAGUCAGGGGAAGUUAUUAAAUGUGACACCGUUUGGGGAGACCUAACAGUCAGGAGAACUACUACAUGACUUAAAUGAGUGAGAGGAGGUUAUGAGACAACUUAGGAGUUAAAAUGUAAUAUAAUGGAGGUUAUAACUUGGCGUAGAGGAGUCACAAUGAUCCAGAACACUACUUCAAUACUGAGAAAGGGUCCAGAUGGAAACAGACAAAUAGCUGAUCUUCAAGACACUGCAGAGUAGGAGACGGACAUGAGAUGACUUAAAGAAGUUAAGAUGCGACAUAACAGCAAAACCUACUGCUAAGUCGGGGUCUAACAGUGGAGGUGGAGCGUGUCUGACUGAAGGUCUUCAGGAGCAUGGAGACUGGAUCACUAAAGACAACAGAAACAAUAGCAGCUCUAGUAGUUGGUUUACCACCGACUACUAUCUGACUAGACUAUACAACUAUACUGACUAUACUCACCAGCUGUACUAUACUAUACUAUACUGUAUAUAGGAUCUCUCUCAGGUUUCCAUUCCACUGACUUACUGUAGAGACCAAGAAGAGGAGGGGAAAAGGAGGAAGGAAAGUGAACAUCUUGGAGAGGAUUACUACAGUAAACAAAGAGGGGGAGACAAAGACUGGAGGGAACAUUUGGCUUAACAACGUGAACAGAUCCACACAGACACACAGACACACAUAGCCGCGGGAAGUAGUUUGCUGGUGGGGUUCCGCGCUACAGACCGCUAACACAGUGCACUACUUUUAGGAAAAUAGAAUUUUGGAAUUUUAGAUAUGAUUUUUAAUUCAGAUUAAAACACACACACACACACACACACACACACACACACACACACACACACACACACAUACAGACUCAACUCCAAUUGUAUAACAUUUGUUGCUAAUCAAACCCCCACUGACAAUACAAUAAGAUAAAUGGUGACUAAAGACUGUAUAGACUUGUGGGGGUGGUCUGUGUGCAUCGGUUGCCUAGCAGCAGAAUGACUUGUUCUGUAGUGGAUAUCCUCUUUUGAUAAUAGAACUGUUGAAUACUGGUGUUAGUCUGCAUGUGUAUGUAUGUGUGUGAGGGUGUGUCUGUCUUGCAUGUGUGUUUCUGUGUGUGAAUGAGUGUAUUCUACUUCAUUGUGUUUCUAUGAACUUGCAUUAUGACUUCUAAGAAACAGAAAUGCUGCCUUUUCCAGAGAUGUCAUUUAUUUACCUUUUUGUCUUUAUUACCAAUGUAAAUACUAAUAUUAUAUUACUGUCCUUUUUCAUGGGCUACUGUUUUUUUAAACUUGUGUUUCCAGGUAAUGGUUAUAAACUCCUUGACUAA